UCCUGUUCCGGCGCCAGGAGGCGGGCGCGCUGCUUGUGCCGCGCUGCCGUCAGUCAGGCUGCGCCCGCUUCCUCCGCAUCCAGCUCCCUGGGGCCCGUCGCCGUCGCCGCGCUCGGAUCCUGCCAGUUGGCAGACGCGCUCCCCGAACACUCCCCCGCCAAAACCUCCGCAGUGAGCAACUCGAAGUCCAGCCAAGCCCCGCAGGGCUGGCCCGGCUCUGGCCCGUGGAACACCCCGAGCGCCCCACCUUCUUUGCCGGCCGGACCCCCGCCGAGUGCGACACCCUCCACCGUGCCUUUCGGAGCGGCACCCCCAGGGAUGUACCCGUCCGCGCCGCCCGCCGGGCCGCCUCCAGGACCCCCGGCGCCCUUCCCUCCCUCCGGACCCUCGUGUCCCCCGCCCGCAGGGCCUUACUCGGCCGCAGCGGUGCCGGGCCCUGGCCCCACAGGGCCGUAUUCCACGCCAAACAUGCCCUUCCCGGAGCUGCCCCGGCCCUACGGCGCCCCCACCGACCCAGCCGCUGCGGGGCCCUUAGGUCCGUGGGGUUCCGGAUCUUGGGCGCCAGGCAUGGGAGCGCAGUAUCCGACGCCCAGUAUGCCCUAUCCUUCUCCGGGGCCGUACCCCGCUCCUCCUCCCCAGGCGCCAGGCACAGCCCCGCCCGUCCCAUGGGGCACUGUGCCACCUGGGGCCUGGGGACCGCCAGCACCGUACCCAGGGCCCGCGGGCUCCUACCCCACGCCAGGACUCUACCCUACUCCCGGUAACCCUUACCAAGUGCCUUCGGGAUCUGCCGGUGCUCCUCCGCUGCCUGGCGGCCCCCACUCUUACCAUUAAGUUAAUAGUGGAUGAAGACAAGAUGCUUUGCUUUUUGAAGUACAUCCCUGAGCACAUGAAUGCAUAUAUAAAACUGCCGGUCUCGCUAUUCUUAGAGGGCAUUCAUGAAAGAACAACUCGCGCCUCUCGGAAGAUACCUGCCUCUUGUACUUGGAUAUGUAGUGCAUCGAAUGGAUACAAUCAGAUGUCAACGUAGAAGUAAAUCAAGCAGAUGUGAUUUUUAUUUGGUUUUUGUGGAAAGUUAAAGUGAUUAUAUUGAAUAGUUCUUUGCUAAAAUUUGUUUAAAUUAUGAAACUAUACACUUAAAAAUGUAAAAUAGGGGUUAUUGUUGAAGUAAUUUGCCAAUGAAAUUGUAGAUUCUAGGUAUUUUUCUAUAACUUCUUUUCCCCCCUAAGUAACUACAAAAACAAUCACAUUUUAUUCUAAACAAAUGAUGCUUCUCUGUCUACAAGGUAAAUAAGUCUAGUCCUCUUAGGGUCAUUUGGGUAUACAUUUUGAAACUAUGACGGUCAGAUGUCAGGUUCAGUAGCCAGCAGCUGUUCAUUUUUAUCCUUGAGCUAUUUGUAAAAACCUGUCUUUUGUUGAUGCCAUGUGGGUCGCUAAAAUGUGCCAUCUGUGAAAACUAUUGGCGCUGGUGUCCGGCUCCAGGGCGUUGCCCCUACCAAGCAAGGGCCCUGCUGCGGAGCCGCACCUCCAGUCCUGGCCUCUUUCCCUCCCUUGUAACACAAGCCAACGUGUGCAGUGCCAUCUCAGAGAGCUGUGCUGUGCUUUGCAGUAGACUGGGGUGUGUGCUGCUGUCAGGAGAGCUCGGGGGAGAAUUCUCUCCUUUGUUCUCACCCUUCAGCAGGUGAGCCCGAGGCAUCGCCUCGUGGCAGCCAGACAAUUUUCAAUCUCGCCAAACCCGGGCAGCUCUUAUGCGUGCCAGGCCCUUCCCCGCAGCCUCCCAUCCCCGCAACUCUAGAAGAGCACCGCGGCCGCUCCCUGCACGGAGGCUGCUGCGCGCAGCUCGGUUAGAACACAGCGCAGUUAGGCCUGGAGAAGCUCAAGGCAGACGGACGCGGCACACUUUCUACACAUGGAAUCAAAGUGUGUCUGGGUUUCAGAGUCUGGGCGAGCGGUGUCACUGUCCUUGCAGUUUUCCAGUCUGUGAAGUGUUCUGGCUGACAUUCAGUUAUUUGUUGACAGGCAGAUAAAUAGAGUUGAGCAACGUCUUUGAAAAAAGAACCCUUUAGUUCUAACACUGAAAAUAAUAAACUGUAGAUUUCCACAGCUGUCAGGCAGCGUAACUGUGUUGCUUAAGUGGUAAAUGAUGGUUAGCGCACAACAGCCUGAGUAGCUUUUUGGCACCUUGCCUUUGUCAGUCGUAGAUUUGGGAUAGACUUGACCUUAUUUUAUCAAAUCACAUUUUGAAAUUUUGAAUGUAUCCAUUGGGUCCCUAAAAUGUAUUGUGAAUUUCUUAGAUAGAUAUAAGAAAAGAUUUAUGCUGGAGAUGUUUUUACUUUGAAAUAAAAUAUUCAGUAGUUUACUUUUCCUAUAAUUAAAAUGUCAGUUGCUACCCAUACAGUGGUUUGAUAGCUAUUUCCUUUUAGGAGAGUAAGAUAGUCAUCUUUGAGAGGAACGCUUAGCACUCAAGCCUCGUUUCUUUUAAGUAGAGGAUAGAUCCAGGCUUGACAGAAGGCCUUAUCCUGCCUGUCUGGAUAGAUCCAGAAUUGACAGAAGUAGAAACUACUUUGCUUAGGUAAAUUCCAGAUUGAAAUAUUCUCAGGCAGAUCUUACAUAGUGGCACAGAUGGACGGCUUCCUUUCACUUCUUUGCAAGGACCUGUGAUGGCUGGCUACUGGUGAUGGCCUAGAACUGUCCUCAGAGUGGCCGCCUGGCUCCAGGUCAGGUAACCACAGGCCUCCCGCAGAGUUUAAAUUCUCUGUUAGUCAGGAGGUCAUUGAGCUAGAGCGUAGGAAGGAGAGUAAGGUGGCGGCAGAGUACCUCCGUCGGUAGUUGCUUUGUCCUGCCGUGGGACAUGUUAACGCUCUGGCUUUAGAUGCAGGAUUUAAUGUAACACUCAGGAUACAGAAAAGAGGUAGCAAAUGGGAAUCUGUAAUCGUGGAAUCCACUGAUUACAGGAAAAAGAUCUUUUUGCCAAAGGAAAGGGCCGAAACCAAGAUUUGAGACACUGUGCCCGAGCGCAGAGUAGCUUUGCUGGUGACCCGCACUGCGAACACGGCCGCGUUAACGCUAGCCUCUGGGGCUCGCACGGAGGCCUGGUGGGCCUGCCUGCGCUUAGCUGACGUCUCUCCCCUAGCGCGGGGUCGGGGGACCUUCCCCGUUCUCGGGGCACUCUGAGCUGAAAGUAUUUUUAUGGUCAGGGUAGAGUCAAGAAAAGCACAAGUGUCAGUGGACAGAUGGGAAAAAGCAUCCGGGGAGAGCUUUCCCCCGCUGCAAAGGAACAUUGGUUUCAAAGUGAGUCUUGCGGGGCUGGGAUGGGUGUAUGAGACACGUUAGCAGGGGUGUGCGCUCCUGAGAGCACAGAUCACGCCGAUGCGGACACUUGGGCUUUGGACGAGAGUUUCUAAAUAAGCCUGGUGAGGAUCGCUGACGCGCAGGAGCAGCGUUCCUGAAGGCGGACGCUUGGGCUUUGACGUGUUAAGCGCCGGAAUGAUACGCAGAUGAAUGCGUAGCCCCCAAGUCCGCAUUCACUCUUCUCAAGAUAAAAAAUCCGGUGCUCCUCACAGGCCUCCACACCCUGUGCCCGUCUGCCCUGUCCCCUGCCACCUUUCAGGCCUCUGAGGACCUGGUCACUGCUUGGACCCCACAGCCGUCUGCGGAGUACAGUGACAUCGGGGCGGACGCGGUCCUAGUCCCCCGGCCUGGCUGAGCUGCCCCCUGCUCUGAUUGCCUUCCCGGGAGCGACCAGGCAGAGCAGAAGAGGCGACUUCUGCGCAGUCACACUGCCCGCCUCCUAGCCGUCAGCCUGCCGAGACCGUUACCUCACACACUCGGUGCCGCGCCUCCCUGCGCAGACGCCCGGCUCUGAAAACCGGCCUGGGUGAAAGCGGCUGUGCUCCGCGGUCCGCUGGAGCGCUGCCCCUGGCUCUGGCCGGGCGGCCCCUCCCCGCGGGUGACCGAGCGCCGGCCUUGUCCCCACGCGCGGGCCGGCGGAGCGCCCGGGCUGUGGAGACGCUUGAGCCAGGCCCGCCUGAACCUCACUAAAAACCUCAGGGAGGGCGAUCUUGUAAAGCAAUCGGACUGCGGACGCGUGUCUUCACAAUUCUGCCAAGGAGAGCAAAAGUGGCCAGUACAGUAAAACCAGCAGUAUCGCAGCGCCGCGCGCUCCGGGCUUGGAGAACGUGCAAGGUGCUCUGCCCGAGGCCGUGGUGCGGAGACAGCCACCGCGACCCCGAGUUCCCCCUUCCACCCGGGACCCCGCUCCCGGGCCGGAGCGGGGGACGGCCGCUGGAGGGGUCCUACAGCGUCGGGGCGCGGGGGACAGGUUUGCUGGGCUUGCGCGGUGCUGCCCAGCACUGCCGUGGGGGCCGUGAGCGCGGGCGGGCUGGGGACUCGCAGGCACUGGUCAGUGGCCGCUAGGGAGACUUCCUUGUGCUGUCUCUACAAAUUUUGUAGAUUUUUCUGGAAGUUGUGAUUUUUUUUUAUUCAUUGACAAUGAUAACAAAUUUAAUGGAUGUAACCAUCUAUGCAUUUUAAGUUAAACUGCCUAAAAUGUGAUUGGAGACAUACACGUGUUUGUACUACGAACUGUAAACCAAUCUGUUUGCGAUGUUAGGUUUUAUUACCUGCUGCUGUAUUUGUAAACAAAGACAAAUGUUGCUUUAAGAAGUAAUUAUAAUUAGGAACACACUAUAGAUGUGAUACUUGAUAUUUUUUAAGAUAAACUUGUUUGCUUUUGUGUACUCUACCUGAAAGCUUUUUUUAAAAAUGUAUUUUCAUGGUUU